AUGGAAUCACUUAUAAGCACUCUCUUCAAAAAAGAAACAAAAACAACAAGAGCAUUUGCAUCACGUUUACAUGGUGCAACUUUAGUAGAAGAGACAGAUACGUUACAAUUAGUUUAUGAUUUAUUUACUUAUUCCGAUGAAACAAAUAUCAAGAGACCGGAUACUUGUUUAGUUAAUUUUAUGUUUCUCCAUGGAAGUGGAAUGAAUAGAACUGUAUGGGAAUAUUAUAUUGCUUAUAUGUCCAAGUAUUUUGACAAUAAUAUAGAAUGGCAAAUUAAUAAAAUUGUUACACUUGAUCAGGUUACACAUGGUGAUUCUGCUGAAAUUAAUAGAAAUAUGCUAGGAACAAAUUUUGAUUGGUCCGAUGGAGCUCGGGAUGCUUGUAAAGUCGCACAAGAAGAAUUUUUGCCAAAACUUUCAACUAAUUGUAUCAAUGUUGUUGUCGGUCAUUCUAUGGGUGGAUUUCAAGCAUUAUCAUGCGGUGUCUUAUCACCUUCACUUUUUGAUCUUAUCAUUGUAAUCGAACCAGUGGUAUACGUACCACAUGUAGAAAAUAAAUUCGAUGUUACGAUUGUUCCACCGAGGUUCUAUGAUGCACUUUGGAAUAAAAUGGAUGAUAAAUUUAAAGAUAUGAAUGAAUUCAAGAAAUUUAUGGAAAGAAGAAGUUUUUAUAAAAAUUCUAAUUCUGAAAUAUUGCAGAGAAUGAUAGAAUUUGAAGCUGUUCGUACACUUGAUGGGACAAUUAGAACAAAAAUUUCACAACAACAAAAUAUCCUUUGUUAUUUAACUUUGGAUCCGACAGCUAAAUGGUUGAUUGGGUCUCUGCCAUUUAUUAGUAGUCCUGUCUAUGGAAUUGUUGGUGGGAAGUCAACUUGGUGUCCUCCACAGAACCAGGAACUCCUAGUGGCUAGAAUACCUAAAUAUCAAAAAGAUGUUAUUCCUAAUGGAGAUCAUUUAGUGAAUCUAGAGGAUCCUAAUGUAUGUUUAUCAAAAAUUGUUGAAUAUGUAAACGAAUAUGUCAAGAAUUCCAAAAUAAAUGGAAGUGAGAUUUCACAAAGUAAGGACAAUGAUAACUAUAGAAAACAAUUGUUUCAAGAACGGUUUAGUGUAUUUAAAAAUGAAAGAGUAAAAGAUGGCCCAAUCAAAUUAGCGAAAUUAUAA